AUGCCUCUAAUUGUCCCCGAAAUCAAUUAUGUCCCCAGCACCCUCCUGCACUCGACCAGCCACCUCAAAAUCGAGUACCUGGAGCUCUGUGGAACUGAACCCGGAGAAACGCAAGAUUCCAUUAGCGGCACCAACCUUCACCUCCUCACCAACAUCUGGACACUCAAAAUCCAAACCAAAAAUGACCCGGACACUAACACCGGCGCUAUCAGUCUCAUCCUUGACCUCUCACCCCUCGGACACAGCAGUCCCUGCCGCAUGCAUGUCACAAUCACUGACGAGCCCCGCGGCCCCGCUUAUGCCGACGAAGACCAAAUCAUGAAGCGCGUGCGCCUCCAUGAAGUCGAAUAUACUGUCGGGGGUCUUUGUGAUCUGAUCGUUGCUAAUGACCUUGAUAGAUAUAACUAUGUCAAUGAUCGUUUUUAUCAGCAGAACAGGCAUUGGUUCAAAAUGCUUAUUGAGGAACUUGGGGGAAAUCAGAAUAUUUCAGAAAAGGAAGUGAGGGAUGCUCAAAAUGCUGUGAGCUUUGUUUGGAAGGGACCAGGGACUGGCACUAACGAUCAUGUGGAUAUUGCAGUCGGCUCUACCAUGUUGAGGGGCACUAUUGAUCGUCGUGAUAGACACAACCUUGGUUUCUGA